AUGUCGGAUCAUAUUGACAUUCUGCUCUACGGCCUAGGAGCCGUUGGCUCCUUUUACGCCUUCAUUCUGAAUCGCUCCGACCGCGUACGGCUGACGGUAGUCGCAAGAUCGAACUACAACGCUGUACUGGCCAAUGGAAUCACCAUCAACAGCGAGAACCAUGGACAGCACAACUUCCGACCUUACAAAGGCAAGACUGAAAAUCCAGUAACAACAUCUACCAUGGACUACGUCGUAUGCGCACACAAGGCGAUUGAUCAGGAUGAGGUGGCAGCCCAAUUGAAGCCCGUGGUAGACCCCAGUCGCACCACCAUUGUGGUGAUUCAGAACGGUGUUGGAAAUGAAGAGCCAUUCCGGAAGCAAUUCCCUCAAAACUCCAUUAUUACCUGCGUGACCUGGGUGGGAGCUAUACAGAGUAGCCCAGGUGUCGUCAAGCACACCAAAUCCGAAGAUAUGCAGAUCGGCCUCUUCCCCAACGCAAUACUCGACAGCACCGUUGAGAAACAACGUCUCGACACUUUUGCCGACCUAUUGCGUCAUGGCCAAACCUGCUUCCAGGUCCUCGAUAACAUGCAACAACAACGAUGGGAGAAGGUUGUGUGGAACGUGGCGUGGAACUCAUUGACCACGCUGACUAUGGUUGAUACGCAGACCUGGCUGCACUCCUCACCCGAUGCGGAACCGUUUACCCGCAAGUUGAUGCACGAGGUCAUUGCUAUUGCUCGUGGGUGUGGUGUGCCAUUGGCUGAUGAGUUGGUUGAUCAGCUCAUGAAUAAGAUUAAUGCUAUGCCUGGCAUUGGAAGUAGUAUGCAGACGGAUUGUAAGAGUGGUCGGCCCAUGGAGAUUGAUGUGAUUCUGGGAUUCCCCGUGCGCAAGGCUAAAGAGCUGGGUAUCGAGGCGCCGUAUCUGGAGGCCAUAUAUCUCAUUCUGAGAGCGGUAGAUGGUCGACUACGUGCUGCACUGUGA